UCAAAACAACGAUUACCAGGUGGGUUCUUGUUGAAGAUUUUACAAGUAUGGAAGAAAUUCCUGAGGAGAGUGACCCAGUUCAAAGUGGAAAUAACUCUAUCGAGGUAGAGAUUGUCAGCGAUGAAGAAUUUCAAAUUCUGGAUGAAGCUCUUCAGAACGCCAUGAUGCAGAUUGCUCAGGAAGAGACCAAAAGCAUUGAACACAGAGAGGACAUCAAUUGCUCUUUGAUUAAGGAGGCUUUGACUCCUCUUGAAAAGUUCAAAGGUGGUCGUGGUUACUUAAGUGUGAGUGAUUUAACUGCUCAAUUUUGGUGUGAACAGCAAAUGGAGUAUGCCUUCACAGCUCCAGAACUUAAACAAGAAUCUGAGCCAAUGAGAAUGGGAAAACUCAUUCAUCUUGAAAGAGAACAAGAAUUAUAUGACCUUGUGGAGAUCAAAGUAGAGUCUAAAGAGGACAAGUGGGCAACCAAAUUUUUGGACUGUCUUUGUAAAAUUGCUUUGCUUGAGGCAAAACAAACAGUGCGAGAACUUCCAGUUUUUGGGUGGCCUUUUAACAUGGGAGUGUUUGUUUAUGGAAUUAUUGAUGAAGUACAUUUCAACGAGAUGGGGCAGUUAGAACUGUUAGAGUUGAAAACAAGGAAAAGGAAAAGCUUACCAUCCAAGGCACAACAAAGACAGGCGUCCUUACAAGCAAUGAUCUACAGCAUUAUGUUUAAUGACUUGCUCUUAGGAAAGGCUGACCCUUCAGUGCUUUUAUCACAACUUCAAUUAAAUGGAGAUGCCAUCCUUUCAAAAGAUGUUUCACAAUAUGCAAGAGACUGUGGAGUUCAGUGUGACAAACUCAUUCAAAUUACCAAUCUUCUAAUAAGAAGAUUCCAACAGUCUGACAUACCAAAGUUAAAUUCAAUAGCAGUAGAGUAUUGCAUGCAAGAAACCUGUCAAGUGAUUGGUAGAACUAGCAUGGAUUUGGACAAAGAAUGGACACAGUCACAGCUUAUUAAAAUGCUACCAUACUGGAGAGGAGAAAGGGAAACUGUUGGUGUGGAAAUAGAAGAAGCCUGGAAAUGCAGUAGAUGUGACUUUGCAGACAUUUGCGAGUGGAGAGUAAAAAAAGACAAAGAGUACAGAACAAAAUCAGAUGCUAGGAAGCUUUGACACCCUGUGGCUAAUUAAACUAUGCUAAAAACAUUUCCUGAUUUGUUCAGAGGAAAACCACAAUGUGAUAAAAAGAGCAGAUACUUU